GCUUGACUAAAUUGUCCAAAGAAAGGAUUGACCAAACAGAUUCAAGGAAGAAUCAUGCACAAACGACCGAAGUAUCACGACAGGUGACUACAAAAUGCUACUUCUGCAGGUGUUGAUCUUGACGAUGUGUUCGCUGCGCCAGAUAUCGGCAAAGGAAUGGGUAGCGUCCAAUAUCUGCUACAUUGGCGAUAUGGAAAGAGACUUCUGCUAUAAUCCCGAGUGGCAGACAAUAUCUGAAGAAAGCUACUGGCGCGUGGACGAAGAAGAGAAGGUUAUGUAUUACCACGUACCUCAGAAUGUUAUGUAUUACUACAAACCGCACGAGCACAGUCGAGGAGGAUUCAGUUCUGUGGACCACAAGUCCACAAGUGGACUUGCUCUGUCGUGGCUUGCAUUGAGUCGACGUCCGUCAGAUUGGCUUGGUAGCUCCUGUUCUAUAUUCAACAGUACUACUACCCUCGAAUGGGUGGCAUGCGAAGGGUUACACGUUGUGGGAUUUCUCAUCGCCAGCUUGGGUGUCAAGACAUUUUCGUCUCUGAUAUCCAAUUACAUCGUCAAACCGUUCUUAGGUCGCAGUCCAGACGUGAGUAUCGGCUUUGGUGAUGAAGAUGAAGAGGGGGAUCAUAUGCGUGUAUCAGUAUCAACUUUCAGGGACGGUGAAUCAGUUUCGAGGACGUACUAUGAUGUUGGGGAGUUUACGGCCAAUUGUGAAAAGCAAGAUUACAGCGUGCAGCUGCGAGUCGAUAUGGAUUCAGGCGUUGCGGAGACAGUAUGUGUUUCCUGGUAUGAUGAAAGGGAGAAAGGAUUUGUUAUGAGUGUAAGAUGGACACACAGGUUAUCUACAGAUGGCGAUGAUAUAACUUUUAUUGGUUGA